AUUUGUUUUUGUAGAGCCCCUCUCGCAAUUUGAUUCUCAAGAGCCCUAAAUUGUUUGCUUAAAUCGUUUCGAAUUUGGAUUUCACACCUGGGUCAGGCAUACGUUUCUCGCCUUUCGAAUAUCGGACACUACUGAUCAGGCUAGGAUCCAGAGAGGCAAAACUGAGAGAGAUGAAGAUUGCUAUUGAAGGGUGUAUGCACGGAGACCUUGACAUUGUGUACAAGACAAUUCAACAUCAUGAACAGCUUCACAACACAAAAGUCGAUCUCCUCCUCUGCUGCGGCGAUUUCCAGGCUGUAAGAAAUGAGAAAGACAUGGAUAGCCUUAGCGUACCUAGAAAAUACAGAGAGAUGAAAUCAUUCUGGAAGUACUACUCCAGCCAAGAAGUUGCCCCGAUUCCUACAAUUUUCAUCGGUGGGAAUCACGAGGCUUCUAACUACUUGUGGGAAUUGUAUUAUGGUGGUUGGGCUUCCACCAAUAUUUACUUUCUAGGUUAUGCGGGGGUUGUCAAGUUCGGUAAUGUGCGAAUUGGAGGCCUUUCGGGUAUUUACAAGGACCACGAUUACCGUUUAGGGCACUAUGAGCGGCCGCCGUAUAACGAAAGCACCGUCAAAUCGGUGUAUCAUGUUCGUGAGUAUGAUGUCCAGAAGUUGAUGCAACUUGAAGAGCCGCUUGAUAUAUUUCUCUCACACGAUUGGCCUGUUGGAAUCACUGAUUAUGGAGACUCAAAAGCACUUUGUCAGCAAAAACCAUACUUUCGUGAAGAGAUUGAGAAGAGAACGCUUGGAAGUAAACCAGCAGCUCUACUGCUAGAAAAACUGAAGCCUCGGUACUGGUUUUCAGCUCACUUACACUGCAAAUUUGCUGCUGCUGUUCAACACGGGACUGAUGGCUCAGUGACAAAGUUUCUUGCUCUAGAUAAAUGUCUUCCUGGGAAAAAGUUUCUACAGAUUAUUGACAUCGAAUCAGAACCUGGCCCUUUUGAGGUCCUAUACGAUGAAGAGUGGCUAGCAAUUACACGAAAGUUCAAUCCUAUAUUCCCGCUAACAAAGAGAUAUGCAAAUUUCAGAGAAAAUAGCUCUGCUUCAAUGAAUAAGCAAGAGAACCGCGAGUGGGUGAGGACGAAGCUAGAGGAAAGGAACUUUAAACCUUUUGAGUUUGCGAGGACUGUCCCUGCAUAUAACCCUUCACAACGUAUCUCUGAUUCCAUACCUGAGCUCCCACGGAAUCCACAGACACUGUCUUUGUUAGAGCUCCUUGGUCUCCCAUAUCUCCUUGAUGCAUCACCAGUAACAGGGGAAAGAAUCGAGGUCCCUGCUUCUCCGGCUCCAUCAGAUUUUCCGACAUUUGAUAGUGAAGAAAUCCCGAUCGAUGACAUUGAUGAUAUAGAAGAGAUAGAGGAAGCAAAAGCGGAAGACCCUACGAGAGACUAGCAGAGUUUCUCGUCAGAAACACCGUUAGAUCUGCUUCCUCUUCCGAUCCAACUAUCCCCGGGAAACUCCUCCGUCUCCUCUUCCACGACUGUUUCGUCCAG